AUGGCGGGCAUGGAGCGCACCUUCGGUCGAUCCCCAACCUUCCUGGUGAACACGGACCAGCAGCGAAGUAAUCUGGAUUCCUUGGUUCGGCGUGAGCAGCACUUGGCCGAACAGUAUCAGAAGAACAAGCCUUUGAUGUUUAAUGGGAAUGCGUAUCAGAAGACGCAUCCUCAAAAGGCAAUUGCCCCUGGGCACCGAGACGCAGAUGCUACGGUGGUGUCUCCAAUGCUACUCGGUUGUGCAGACGGCGUGUCUCAGAUCGAGGAGUAUGGACUAGAUGCUUCAGAGCUUCCACGAGAGCUGCUUGAUUGCUGUGAGGAGCAGGCGAUGUCUUUGCUGGUGCCGGAUCAAGCUGGGAAGAUUUCAGGCCUCUACAGGGGGCCAAUUCCUUUGGUGCGGGAGGCUUUCGAAAACACGGAAAGUCUGGGCUCAACCACGGUGUGCCUCUCCGUGCUCGACAACAGCACCAGGAUCCACGGCAAGCUGCACCCCAUGAUGGCCAUCAUCUCGAUAGGCGACUGCGAGCUGAUGGUGCUCCGCCAGACAAUGUCCAGCGGAAGACUCCAGUACGAGACGGUCUUUAACACGGAGAUGCAACGCAUCGGCGGCAACUGCCAGUGUCCGCUGCAGGUCUGCCGAGUUGACGGUAGAAUUGACCCCAACUUCGACGAGCGGAUGACCAUUGAGGUGAUCGAGAGAGGAAGCGCUGUUCACAUGGUUUCCGUGUACGAGGGCGACCUAGUGGUGAUCGGCAGCGAUGGCGUGUUCGACAACCUCUUCAAGGACGAGGUAGUUGCUAUCAUCAACCAGCUGAUUCCGAGACCUUCCACUCCCGGCGAGAAGUUCCGACCCUUGAACAAGGCUUUCAUGGGGGAGGUGGCCAGAUACAUUGUGGAUGCCUGUCACAUGAAGACCAAGGCUGACUUGCGGACCGGCAAGUACCCGGAGACGCCGAUCGGCCAAGAUCUCAGUUCGACACGUGUUGUUUGGCGCCUCCCUCCGAAGUAG